GUAAUUGUAUUUUCUUAAGCUGACGGAUAUUUUAGGGGAAAGAAAAAGUGUUUAGGAGAUUUUUAGGGAUAAAAAAUUUUUUUCUGAGUGAUACCGAGGUUUCGAAGUUGGCAACGUGCGAUUUUCAAAUGAUCAUCAUGGAGGAUGAUUUUAACACCUGUGAAUUAGAAACGAAUACAUUUCAAACACGAAAUAUACAUAAUAAACCUCCGUAUAAAACGAAAGCAGGACAAGAGAUUAUUAAUGGCCAUCAUACAGAUAUUAUUGUAACAGAGUACCUUGAUCAGUUAUUUAUAAUUAUAACUCAGUAUGACAAGAUGGGAACUAUUAUACAAGUAAAACAAGAUUCAUCAGAUGAAAGUAAGAACAUUAUUUAUAGUACACAAGUUCUAUUUGGUCAAGAUGAGCUUGAAAUAAAUGCUGUAGCUAGAAAUUUGAUGGAAAAGUUAAAUGUAUCAAAAUCCGUAAUUUUCAGUUUAGCAUUGAAAGACUGUAGUUCAAGUACCAUUCAUCAACUUGGAGAUAUGUUAAAUUCAAAGCUAAAACCAAUAAAUUAAUUGAAAAUAUGAAGUUAAUUUGGUUCUUUCUCUGUUUCUGUUGAUGAAUAAAAAUUUAUAUUUUUAUAAUAAGUUAAUAUGUAAAUAAAGAUGAAUUUAAUAUUAAACAAUAACAAGAAAAAGAAUUACAGUCCAGUUAAAUGUUUUUGGAAAAUAAAGGAUGAUGCUUCAGGAACUGAGAUUCAGAAUAUGCUUAAAACAAAAAAUCAUAAUAAAUUUAAAUAGGAAAUUUUAAAAUAAGAGUACAUUUAUAUUCAACAGUUUCCUAUAGAAGAAAGUCCAUGAAAUUUGGCACCAUUUUGAUGAUGAUGAUAAAAGAAAGCUAAAGAUGUGCUAAAGUUCUGGUUAUCAGAAAUACUUUCACUCUUCACUUGGAUGAUUCUCAACUGACAGAAUAAAUGGAAUGGAAUUAUUUCAAAUUUCUGUUGUGGAUAAAUAUAAACAGUUUCUUCUACAUUAAAAUUGUUUAUAAAUUUAUAUUUGUAUUUUAAUAAUCAUAUUACUGAUAAACUUAAAUAUGUUAAAGUAACAGUUGCAUGAAUUUGAGUAUUUUCUAUGGGUUACACAACAUACUCAAUGUUUUAUUUUAGAAAUUGUAGAUUCAUAUCUUAAUUAUUUAAUUUGAAAUUGUCUAAAUAUAAAACAUGUUAAUAAAAAUGAGAAAAAAGUACUGUUGAUUCUUUGCCCUGUGGGUAUUAAGAGAGCCUCUUUUUCAUGCACAUCAUAAAUAGGAAUGGAAUUUGUCAUACCCAGGGUUGCCCACCCAGAUUUAUUCUUGCAUCCCCAGAACAAUAGGUUGAUGCCUUAACCACCUUGGCAAUCUGGCUGUCUUUGACAUAAUUAAAUAAUGUUUAGUAGGAAGAAUCAACUAUAUGGGAAUGGUAUCUCCUAAUACUAUAAACAUUUCAAGACUUAUUUUAUUGCAAUAAGAAAUAAUUUCACAAUAAAUCAGACAAAUAUUUGUUAAUAUAGUAAAAUCUCAGUAAUCCAACAUAUAUGGGACUGAAACACUGUUGGAUUAAGGAGAUUACUGGAUUAUUAUUUGAAGUAAGAUUAAUUCAGUAAUUUAAUCAUUAGGAAAGAAAACAUUUAUUUGAAUAUUUGUUUAUUGUAUUGAUCAAAACAUAUAUGUUACACAUUAUAUGUUGCCAAGUUGAUGGAUUUCCACUAAAUUUAGUCUUUGCUGGAAAUUUUGGGGGACAUUUUUUUUUUAUCAUUUAUGCAGUAUUUUGCUAAAAGCUACUGUACCUUUUUGAUCAGCUUAAGGUGAUGAGUUUAACAUCAUGUCCAGCCUGAGCCUGGACACCACUCUUCAUUUAAUGCAAUGUUUC